UCUACUGGAGGACAGGCGUUGUUCUUCACACAAGAGGACUGAAACGGGUCCAGUUAAGAUAGACUCAGAGCUUAAAUACAGGCCGAUAUGAGCCAGUGAGAUCACACAUAAGAGAGCACUGAUCAUCUUUAAUCACUAUGACGACGCAGCGCUCUUGAUCAGCAUCAGCAUCAGCAUCAACCGCAUCAUCCGCCCUGCUCAGGUGCGCCGCAUCCAGUGGAGAGGAUGGACUUCAAAGAGCUGGUGGACACCGCGCAGAAAUGGUGCUCUGGAAACCCGUUCGAUUUGAUUUUCGCCGAGGACAUGGACGAGAGGCGCCUGGACUUCUACGCCGAGCCCGGUGUGUCGUUCUACGUGCUCUGCCCGGACAAUCUCACCGGAGGAACCGAGAAUUUUCAUGUGUGGAGUGAGAGCGAGGACUGUCUGCCAUUUCUGCAGUUAGCACAGGACUACAUCUCAUCCUGCGGGAAGAAAACACUGCUGGAGGUGCUGGAUAAAGUCUUCAGAUCCUUCAGGCCUCUGCUGGGUCUUCCAGACAUUGAUGAUGACACAUUCGACCAGUAUCAUGCAGACAUGGAGGAGGAACCAGAGCCAGACCACCAGCAGAUGGGUGUGAGCCAGCAAUAAUGCCCAGCAGAGAGGCUCCACGCUGGGCCACAGUCUCUACUUCAGCCCCCUCUCUCUGAACCUUAUUUACCUGGCUUUUCUUCUUAUAUACACACACAGGCUCUUUUUUUGUGUCUCACACACACACAUACACACACACACACACACUGCAUCAUUACACCCUUUGAUAUCUGGACAGCUUUUCCUGCAUCAUGGUUCUAGCUUUUUCCUCUAAAUUAUUUUCAUAUCACUCUACUUAACUCAUAUCACAUUCAACCAGAGAUAAAACAAAUAGCUCACUCUCAAUAAUUCUGUUUAAAUCUACGCUCAGUAACCUGUGACAGGAUAUGACAUCAAAAGUUAGCAGACCAAAAACCAUGGUUAAAUUCACAAUCGCAUACAACAAUACGAAUCUUACUAAUUCUAUAGCAGAAAUAGUGAGAGUAGUAUGCGAUUCUGAAUUUUGCCACGUUCGGAAUGGAAUACUAGAGUACUACUUACUGCACAGUAUAUAAAGUAUGCUGCUUACUAUUUCUCAAAAAUACAGUGUGAAACAGUAUUCAGUAUGUAACGAUAAACGUUUUAUACAGUACUAUGCUACAUUGUUGUCACUUAUUACCCGCAUGUUUAAGUGGCGUCCAGUUAUCAUCUUGAAAAUGAAUAUUUAGCAUUUUUUAAAUCUAAUUAUGUGUAAAAAUGUCUUAACUUUUGGCAGGCUGAUCAAAUAGUGAGUCACAAAGGAGAUGUUAAACUUGUUGUGCAUGAUAUUAAUUCCGGUUCAUUUGCCACACUGGAAAUGAACGGUCAAGUUGUGCACAUUGCAUUGUGAGAUACAAUAUUCUUUGCAUUGUGCUUUGGUUGUAUACUUUGCAAUAUAUUGCAGAAAUAGUGUGAGUAGUAUGGCAGUAUGCUAUUCCGAGCAGAGUCAUUGUUAAUUUGCUGCAGAAUAAUCAAAGAUAGCAUCACAGAGAACCCAGAACGACAUCAUAAUAUAAAACCAGAAAGUCAUAGAUAAUAGUUCUUAGUUAAGGUCCUUAAGGUCCAUUAUGGAAGUAUUGUGACUGAUGAAGGAACUUGACCUAGGGUGGUGAUUGACCUAACAGUGAAAUCCAUUGUAAAUGGCUCCAAAGUAUGUGCUAAAAGACAAAGAAAAAAAUAAUAAUAAUAAUCAAAUAACCAAAACUGCUUGCAAUUGCAUACAAAGUGUCUGUCAAUAAGGAUCAAAUCAGAUCAGAAGGUAAAGUCUCAGUUUCAGUGAGUGGGUUCUUUUACCUUGAUCAUUGUAUUGUAUGCCUUAUUGUCUUUUGAUAGGAUUAUUCUACAUAUAAGACCUGGUUUAUCUAUUCCUUUAUCUAUUAGAAAGAUCAACUCUGUCAUCUGACAGGUAAAAUGUCUGAACUAUCAUACAGUAGCCUAAUCUAAAGAAGUUCUUCUCUUAUUCUAAAAAUAAAGGUUCUUCAAUGGUUCUUUGGUUUAGCCAAAAAACUCUUCUCUAAGAUCCAUUUUGGCUUUAUAAGGUUCUUAAGUUGGCUAUAUGGUUCUUUUGAUAUUAAAAACUAGUUGUUGAUGUAACCAUUACGUGACCUCUUUAAAUCAUCAUGUAAUUAUAUGCUUCACUCUUAACAGUGCACAAAUUUGACAUGAUUUCAUGAUAUGAAAACGUCACAGUCUGUGCCACAGGAGGUCAGCAGAGGCUGAAUGUGUUUCUAAACCACAUACCGUGUGUGAAUUUGCUGAUCGUACACGUGUGGCUAUUAAACUUCCACUGUCUGCUUCUGUAGUGUCUUCCUGCACACGCUCAGUCUAAAGUGAAGUGUAGAGAUGAUGUUAUAUCAACAUUAUAUGGAAGUGUGUCACUGAGAUCAAAGCUGCUGUUUUUAAUUAAUGUUCUGUACUGGUUCUGUGAUUUGAUUUCUGUUUUUUAUUGUAUUUUAAUUUUUGUAUAUUUAAUUGUAUUUUAAUUUAAUGCGUUUUGUUUGUCUAAAGUUUUUCAGUGAUCGCACUCGCUUUUGGCACUAACAGUUUUAAUUAUAUCUUUAUCUUAACUGUGUACGUUUUUGUUGCAUCAUUUUAUUUAUUUGUUUGUUUGUUUUCUGAUCUCUUUGUGUAUAAAUCCAUGUGCAAAUUAUAUUUUAGAUUAUUUAUUAAUUUAAUUAUUUAAUUAUUUUCCUUUCUCUUUGUGUGUAAAUCCAUGUGUGAAUUAUAUUUUAUAUUAUUUAUUUAUUUAUUUAUUUAAUCAUUUUUCUUUCUCUUUGUGUGUAAAUCCAUGUGUGAAUUAUAUUUUAUAUUAUUUAUUAAUUUAAUUAUUAAAUUAUUUUUCUUUCUCUUUGUGUGUAAAUCCAUGUGUGAAUUAUAUUUUAUAUAUUAUUUGUUAAUUUAAUUAUUUCAUUAUUUUUCUUUCUCUUUGUGUGUAAAUCCAUGUGUGAAUUAUAUUUUAUAUAUUAUUUGUUAAUUUAAUUAUUUCAUUAUUUUUCUUUCUCUUUGUGUGUAAAUCCUUGUGUGAAUUAUAUUUUAUAUUAUUUAUUAAUUUAAUUAUUUCAUUAUUUUUCUUUCUCUUUGUGUGUAAAUCCAUGUGUGAAUUAUAUUUUAGAUUAUUUAUUUAUUUAUUUAUUUAAUCAUUUUUCUUUCUCUUUGUGUGUAAAUCCAUGUGUGAAUUAUAUUUUAUAUUAUUUAUUAAUUUAAUUAUUAAAUUAUUUUUCUUUCUCUUUGUGUGUAAAUCCAUGUGUGAAUUAUAUUUUAUAUAUUAUUUGUUAAUUUAAUUAUUUCAUUAUUUUUCUUUCUCUUUGUGUGUAAAUCCUUGUGUGAAUUAUAUUUUAUAUUAUUUAUUAAUUUAAUUAUUUCAUUAUUUUUCUUUCUCUUUGUGUGUAAAUCCAUGUGUGAAUUAUAUUUUAGAUUAUUUAUUAAUUUAAUUAUUUCAUUAUUUUUUUUUUCUCUUUGUGUGUAAAUCCAUGUGUGAAUUAUAUUGUUUAUUUAUAUAUCUAUUUAUCUGUUUUUGUUAUUUUUGUGUGUAAAUCCAUGAAAUGUGGAUGUGUCAGUCGCCUUUUUAACUAAUAGUUUAAUUUAUAAGAAGAAUGUUAAAAUCUUAAAAUGUGGUAAUUGAAAAUAUUGUAAUUGAUUUUAGUUGAAUAUUAAACAGCCUGUUGUCCAGACUCAUUAAGAAUUAAAUUGACGUAAAACUUGUUUGGGUCAGCAUGUACUGUAACCUCAAAUUCAAUAAUUAAAUUGUACCCGUA